AUGCAAAAACCCCCGUCUUUUUUCGGUGUGAGCGUGCGUGUGAGCGUGCGUGUGAGCGUGCGUGUGAGCGUGCGUGUGAGCGUGCGUGUGAGCGUGCGUGUGAGCGUGCGUGUGAGCGUGCGUGUGAGCGUGCGUGUGAGCGUGGGUGUGAGCGUGCGUGUGAGCGUGGGUGUGAGCGUGCGUGUGAGCGUGGGUGUGAGCGUGCGUGUGAGCGUGGGUGUGAGCGUGCGUGUGAGCGUGGGUGUGAGCGUGCGUGUGAGCGUGGGUGUGAGCGUGCGUGUGAGCGUGGGUGUGAGCGUGCGUGUGAGCGUGGGUGUGAGCGUGCGUGUGAGCGUGCGUGUGAGCGUGCGUGUGAGCGUGCGUGUGAGCGUGCGUGUGAGCGUGCGUGUGAGCGUGCGUGUGAGUGUGCGUGUGAGCGUGCGUGUGAGCGUGCGUGUGAGCGUGGGUGUGAGCGUGCGUGUGAGCGUGGGUGUGAGCGUGCGUGUGAGCGUGGGUGUGAGCGUGCGUGUGAGCGUGGGUGUGAGCGUGCGUGUGAGCGUGGGUGUGAGCGUGCGUGUGAGCGUGGGUGUGAGCGUGCGUGUGAGCGUGGGUGUGAGCGUGCGUGUGAGCGUGGGUGUGAGCGUGCGUGUGAGCGUGGGUGUGAGCGUGCGUGUGAGCGUGCGUGUGAGCGUGCGUGUGAGCGUGCGUGUGAGCGUGCGUGUGAGCGUGCGUGUGAGCGUGCGUGUGAGCGUGCGUGUGAGCGUGCGUGUGAGCGUGCGUGUGAGCGUGCGUGUGAGCGUGCGUGUGAGCGUGGGUGUGAGCGUGCGUGUGAGCGUGGGUGUGAGCGUGCGUGUGAGCGUGGGUGUGAGCGUGCGUGUGAGCGUGGGUGUGAGCGUGCGUGUGAGCGUGGGUGUGAGCGUGCGUGUGAGCGUGGGUGUGAGCGUGCGUGUGAGCGUGGGUGUGAGCGUGCGUGUGAGCGUGGGUGUGAGCGUGCGUGUGAGCGUGCGUGUGAGCGUGCGUUGGCGUGCCGUCGACUAA